AUGCUCGAGAGCAAGCCCAAAUCGCAACUGGCCAUAGCCAGAUUCCUAUCACGUGGUGGUGGGUUCUGCUCAAGCCAGGGAGAUGCUUCUUUGAAGGAUGUUGGGCUAGACUCCCUCUGCCCAAAGCACUACAACAGGACAACAGCAGACUUCGUGCAUCGCUAUCUUCGCAAGACCCAAGAGCAGGUGGACCAGGCUCUGCAGGGCAUGCAGCACAAGUCCAUCACAAUGAUCUGUGAUGCCAGCCCCAAGGCGAAGCACGAUGAGCCUGGGCCGAAAGCAUUGAAUGCUUUGAAGGAAGACCGAGUCUCGGCGAAACAAGAACUCAAGGCAGUUGCGAAUGCUUUGAGCCACAUUGGCCUUUCCUUGGACAACCUGUGGACGCCCACGCCGUGUGCUCCCGUCGACCCCGAGACUGAAGUGAGAUGCCUUCAUUGUUUGGACAAUGAGUUCAUGGCUUAUGUUGUGAACAAAGAAACUGGAAAGUGCCGAUGGGACACACAUCGGCCCCAAGAAGCCUCCGCAGGGCUGCGACUCAUCCUCGGGCCCGAUCAAGGCAGCCCUUUGUUUUCGGCAUUUCAAUACUUGGCCUUCCACCACGCCAACAUUGGCCUGAUUAGGGACGAGCUUCACAAGCUGCACGCCCAUAUGGGCCGUGUCACAAGCUGCAGCCCGGUGAUCAAAAGAAUGACAAUGUUGAGUGGCUGGCUGUUCAGGGCCAAGAAAUCGCCAUGGGGUACCAGCAACUUUGCUUCUACUCUCAAAGAGGCUGGAACGAGGAACGGCCUGCCCUACACCUCCGAUGCCACGCUGAACUUCCAGAGGACGGUGGACAUCCUGGGCAAGACUAUGAAGUACAACAGCGAAUCCUUUUCCUGGUCCCGUUGGUGCUCGUGGGCCCACACAGCUUCGUCCUUCCAAAUGUCCGCCACACUCCUCCUGAUCCUGUGGAGCUCCCUUGAGGACGGGCUCGGUCACAAGCCGUGCUGCUGUCAUCAUCAUCAUCCACAAAUCGUUACCAUCAUCUUAAGAUACCCUUACAUUCGUACAUAUAAACAUACAUUUCCUACAUACAUACACCACACCUAUAGCCUGACCCCUCCCCUUCGGUUCAGGUGGGCAAGAACCCGCUGA